GUCUUCUUCUCUUCCCUGUCCCAAGUCUCUUCUGUUCUGCUCGAUCUAUCACUACGGGGCUUAUACUUUAGUGAGAUUAAAUUCUGCUAAAAUUAAAUAAUUGAUAAAAUCGUCAAUAAUGGUUGGCGUAAUUUCAACAGUUUUUCGGAGAAACAUCUCAACCACUCCGAGGCGUCUUAUGUCUCACGGAGCUGACCCUGGAGCAAUGAAGCUGUGGAAGAACCUCACCUACUUUGUGGCUAUACCUGCUGUUGGGCUCUGCAUGGUCAAUACUUGGUUGACUGUCAAGGAAGAGGACCAUACCCCUCCAGAAUUCGUUCCUUACGAGCACAUGAGGAUCAGGACUAAGAAAUUCCCGUGGAAGGAUGGAAAUCAUUCCCUCAUCCACAACAGUCAUGUCAAUGCUUUGCCAAAUGGCUAUGAAGAAGGCCACCACUAGAGGAGAAAACACUAUUUAUAGUGCAGAUGUCUGCUAAAAAUACUUGUAAUUAUCUUGUAUUAUUGUUUGUUAUUAAUAAAUAAAAGAAAAUUAACUCUAACUGAAAAACGUUCCAGAGUUUAUAACA